AUGUCUAGUCGGAAAAGUUUACGUAUAUACACCAUCUAUCUAUCUAUCUAUCUAUCUAUCUAUCUAUCUAUCUAUCUAAGUCACUCUGAUCAAUUUUCAUCUUCAUCCUAUCUAGCACUUUUCUUAUUUUCUAUAUCUAUCUAUCUAUCUAUCUAUCUAUCUAUCUAUCUAUCUAUCUAUCUAGCACUUUUCUUAUUUUAUCUAUCUAUCUAUCUAUCUAUCUAUCUAUCUAUCUAUCUAUCUAUCUAUCUAAGGCACUCUGAUCAAUCUUCAUCCGUAUUUUUCCUAUCUAUCUAUCUAUCUAUCUAUCUAGCACUUUUCUUAUUUUCUCGGUAUAUCUAUCUAUCAUACUCUCUUCAUUAUCUAUCUAUCUAUCUAUCUAUCUAUCUAUCUAUGAGAAAGAAAACUCUGACGCACGGCCAGGUUAGAUCUAUCUAUCUAUCUAUCUAUCUAUCUAUCUAUCUAUCUUCUAGAUUAGAUUUAAAAUGUAACUUAUUUUUUCUUUCUAUCUAUCUAUCUAUAUAUCUAUCUAUCUAUGCCAAUCCAAACCUAUCUAAUGUUCCUCUCCGUGAAUCUAUAUCAUUGAACAAAAUGGCACAUUUUAUUUUUUCAUUUUCAUUCAAACUGUGA